UUGUAUUUUCUAUCUAAAUCAUAUUUCAAACUUGGUGAAAAAGCUUAAAUUUGGCUAAUUUUGACAAAUUAAUAAACUUAGAAAAAUUUCGUGUUCCAAUUCCGGCUUGGUCCCCUCAGCGUCGUUGCUAUCUAGGCUCAGGUGAUAAUAUAAGCAUUUUAUAAUAGUUACACUUAGAAUGCAUAGCCAAGGGGGAAAAGCUAACUAUUCGUUUUUCGAAGAUAAAUUAAAUUUUGGACAACACCUGCAUAAUGAACAAUUUCAAAUAGUGGAAAAAGAAAGUGAGUUUUGGCAAUUUGUCAUUAAAUAUGAAAAUAUGCUAAAAAAUUGUGGUCAACAAAUAUUGUCAUAUUCAUGGGAUAAUAAUAAGUCGCGAGAAAUCACAUCCUAUCACAAACAGAAUUUUAUCACAAUAAGUCUUCAUAGAAAUCAUAUAUAUCCUUUCGAAAAGGGAACCACAAUAGUAACGCAGUUUAAAAAUAUUGUCUUAUUGUAUUUGGAUUUUAAACAAAAAAAAAAAUUUUCUAAAAUAAAAAAAUUGCGCAAAGAUCAACGUUCUUUACCUGUUACAUUCUUCAAAAAAACUUUAUUCAGUUUACUUCCAAUAUCAAAAAUAAUAAUUAUAGCAGGUGACACCGGUUGUGGUAAAUCUACACAAGUGCCACAAUAUCUAUAUGAAUUUGGAUAUAGAAAUAUUGCAUGCACACAACCAAGGCGUUUGGCUUGCGUAUCUCUAUCACAACGGGUAUCGCAUGAAAUGCUGGAUGAUUAUGGAACCAAAGUAGGUUUCCACAUUCGUUUCGAAAAUAAUAAAACUCCAUACACUAACAUUGUAUUUACAACCGAGGGUCUUCUAUUGAGACAAUUAGCUGCAGAAUCAAAUUUACAUCUAUAUGACGUAAUAAUGCUUGACGAAAUACAUGAACGAAAUCUUUAUGGUGAUAUUUUACUUGGUGUGAUCAAAUGUAUACUUUGUACUAAAUUAAAUAUAAAAUUAAUAUUGAUGUCAGCCACAAUCAAUAUAUCACUAUUUCAAAGUUAUUUUAAAAAAGAAGAUAUUAAACUAAUUAAAAUACCAGGCCGACUUUAUCCCAUCAAAACCAUUUAUAUUACGCCGCCUUAUAUAGAAUCUAAAGCCGUUAAACAAAAAAUCGUUACACAAAUGGAUCCGAAACCAUUUAUACAAGUUCUUAGUUUAAUAGACCAAAAAUAUCCUAGUAAGUUACAAAUAAAUAUUUACAUUCAAGCUUCUGAACGUGGCGAUGUAUUGAUAUUUGUAAGUGGUAUAAAUGAUAUAACAACAAUAUCUGAAGCUGCAAAGGAAUACGCAGAACGGAAUUCUCAUUGGAUUAUACUUCCUUUACAUAGUGGUUUAGCCUUAGCUGAUCAAAAUAAGGUUUUCGAAUAUGCACCCGAAGGCUUUCGAAAAUGCAUUGUUUCAACGAAUAUUGCCGAAACUUCACUUACUGUAGAUAGUAUACGCUUUGUUAUAGACUCUGGAAAAGUUAAACAAAUGAGUUACGAUGCCUCUUGCAAAGGUCAACGUCUUAAAGAGUUUUGGGUUUCAAAAUCUUCUGCAGAACAACGUAAAGGUCGUGCUGGUCGCACCGGCCCUGGGACUUGCUUUCGUCUAUAUACUGAGAAACAGUUUAAUUUGUUUGAUGAUUAUCUGGUUCCAGAAAUUUUUAGAGUACCCCUUGAUACUAUUGUACUCCAAAUGAUAGCAAUGGGAUUACCAAAUAUUCGUGCCUUUCCAUUUAUAGAGAAGCCAUCAGGCGAAAAAAUUGAACAAACAAUUAUGGCCCUAAAACAGCAUAACGCUUUAGCAGCUGAUGAAAAAAUAACACCAUUAGGAAAAGCAUUAAGUAAUUUGCCUGUUGAUAUUUCGAUUGGUAAAAUGUUACUUCUCGGUUCGGUUUUUUCGGACAUAAAAAAAAUUUUGACAUUGGCUGCAAUUAUAAGUGUACAAAAUCCAUUUACCAAUUGUGCUUAUAAAGAUGUCAAAUGUAAGGAAGAACGCACAAAAUUAGAAUCAGAUCAAGGUGAUACCUUUACUGUUUUAAGAGUCUUUAGAGAAUGGAUAAAACUUAAAAUCGAUCAAAAGAACACCUGGAAAUGGUGUCAUAAAUUGGGUAUUGAAGAACAAAGGUUUUAUGAAGUUUGUAAGCUGCGUAAUCAGUUUCAAAAUAUUUUACAAACGUGUAAUUUUUUUACAAUAAAAAACGAGAACACUAUGUCAAGUGCGGAUAGAUCUCAACGACAUGGAGAGAUAUGUUUGUUGAAAGCACUGAAGCGUAAACACAAAUAUCAAAAAUUUGAAACCCGAAAAAUUUUAAAAAUGAACAGCAUAAAUAACGCAUUUGAACGUGCUAGUGAUGAUAUAAGAGAUGUAAAUUUCCGAUUAAGCCAUGAUUCGAACAAAUUAGAGAUGUUACUUGCGUCAGCUACUAUUGAGAAACUACAGGAUUUAUUGGUUUUAAAAACUAUACUAGUUAGUGGCUUCUAUCCGAAAAUUGCAAUUGCUGAUGAUUUCAAUUACUGUAAAACUGGAAACCAACAAUUGUUUCAUACGUCAUUAAAGCCAUAUAUAUCCAUUCACCCAAAUUCGUAUUUUGCUAAAUUUUUCAAUAUAUUUAAAUUGAAUGAUGAUGAUGAAAUAAAAAAGCCAUAUUAUUACACUUCCAAAAAUAUAUUAAGUACAAAACACCAAAUACUUUGUUUUCAAAAUUUGCUUGAAACAACAAAGCCAUACAUAAUGAAUUGCAUACGUAUACCCGCCGCCCAUAUUUUGUUGUUAUUUGCGUACUCUAUUGAUACAAAUUUAUCUUUAACUCGAAUGGUAUGUGAUUCUUGGCUCUGUUUAGAGUUUCCGGUUGCUGAAACUGGGUCUAAACUAUUACGUAGUGCAAUAAAAUUGAGAAGGUUGUGGUCGCAAUUAUUUGCUCAAAUUCUAACAGCAUAUAAAAUUAUAUUAAGCAUAUAGAAAUGUGCUUCCUUUCACUGUAAUUAACUUAACAACUAUUAAGAAACAACAUAAUUGGCGCAGCCGGUAUACGUUUUGUAUAGGAUUCAAAACGUGUAACGAGGGAAUGAGUUACAACAUUGGGAAUAAUUAUAAAAGAAGAGCAAUGGAGUGGAUAUUACUGGUGAGUGAUCGUUU